CCUCAAACCCUAAUUUUCCGAGUAAAGAAAUAAACAAACAGACGAAAAGAGUUCCAUAAAACCUAAUUUCCUCUUUCUGAUCGUGUUUCUGCACGCUUUGGUUGCAGGAACCAUGAAUUCUAAUGGAGCUACCAGCUCUGUCAGUAGUGGCCCUAAUGAAGCUUCAAGGAGAAACUCCAAGAGACCUAAAUAUUCUAAAUUCACGCAACAGGAGCUUCCAGCUUGCAAGCCACUUCUUACACCAGGAUGGGUCAUCACAGCGUUUACAUUGAUUGGUGUCGUCUUCGUUCCCAUUGGGGUUGCUUCCUUGCUUGGAUCUCGUGAUGUUGUUGAAAUUGUCUAUCGAUAUGAAUCCGAGUGCAUACCACAAAGUUUUAGUGAUAAGAAGCUUGAGUUUAUACAAAGUAGUGAAACUAACAAGACCUGCACGAGGACUUUAACUGUACCAAAGCAUAUGAAAGCCCCAGUUUUUGUCUAUUACCAGUUGGAUAACUUCUAUCAAAACCACCGUAGGUAUGUCAAGAACAGGAGUGACAAGCAGUUGCGGGAUAAAAAAAGUGAAAGGACCACUGCCUUAUGCACUCCUGAGGCUACCUUAAAUGGGUCCCCGAUUGUACCUUGUGGUCUGAUUGCUUGGAGUUUGUUCAAUGACACAUAUCAAUUUUCUCGUAAUGAUAACGGUAGAUUGUUGUCCGUCAACAAAACCAACAUUUCUUGGAAGAGUGACCGUGAUAAUAAGUUUGGUAAAGACGUUUAUCCUAAGAAUUUCCAGAGCGGACGCUUGAUAGGUGGUGCCAAACUUGAUCCUAACAAAUCUCUAAGUGAACAAGAGGAUCUUAUUGUUUGGAUGAGAACAGCUGCAUUGCCCACCUUUAGGAAAUUAUAUGGCAGGAUUGAGGCGGACCUUUUAGCUAACGAAAAGAUAACUGUGAAAAUAGAGAACAACUAUAACACGUACAGCUUUGGUGGCAAGAAGAAGCUGGUACUUUCAACCACAGGCUGGCUUGGUGGAAAGAACGACUUUCUUGGCAUAGCUUAUCUCUUGGUGGGGGGGUUGUGCUUCUUUAUGGCUCUGCUUUUCAUGAUUGUGUAUCUAGCAAAGCCAAGGCCUCUUGGAGAUCCAUCAUACUUAUCCUGGAACAGGAAUCCCUCUGGACUGUGAACUUGGUACUCAAAUAAGUGAAUGGUUUUUCAGUUGUGACUAAGGUGCUGGGCUUCCUUGAAUGAGCUCUUUCUCCAUGCUAAUCAGAUCAAGGUGUAUAGUUUCGUGUCCCAAGCAUCUAAUACCUAUGUAGUUAGUUUCAUAAGAAAAAGGAUACAUUUUUUCAAUCUUUUUAAUUCCUUUCUUAGUCAUCACUUGUUUGUAAUAUUAAACUACUGUUUAGCACUGGCUGAAAGAGAAAUUAAAAGGACAUAUGCCUUUUUUCUGAUUUUGAAUCCCGAGACACCAUAGAUGUUUUCUAUGGAGCUUUGUAAUAUUAAACUGCUGUUUAGCACUGGCUGAAAGAGAAAUUAAAAGGACAUAUGCCUUUUUUUCUGAA